AUGUAUCACUGUCCGUCAUGUGGAAAAGCCUUUCAGGACCACACAUCUAUUGCUCGUCAUAUGAGCCAACCUCGGUCUGGAUGCAAUACCUGGCUGGAAGAUAUUAUCAAGCUUGACUCCAUCAUCCCGCCACAUGAUUUCACGCACUCAGCAGAUGUCGAACCUCGUGUUUCUCAAGAACCAGAAUUCGGAAGCGAGACAAUGCUGGAUGACUUUGGUGACAUUAGUGGUGAAGAAGUGAAUAUCGCGGGAGCGCACAGUGGAACUCAGGACGAGGGCGGUGAAGUUACCGACUACUUUCCCGACCCCCCGCUCGCCUAUGAGGAUGGCUACACCUUUUUGAGCCUAUUUGAGACUGACAAAAAUAGUAUAUAUCGCAAAACCAACCUUUACUAUCCAUUUAGCAGUCGGGCAGAUUGGCGAGUUGCAGCGUGGCUGCUUAGUUCAGGCCUGAGCAUGGGGAAGAUUGAUUCCUUCCUAUCGCUUGAAAUGAUCAAAGAUUUACCGUUGUUGUUCUGCUCAGCCAGAGAAUUACGGGGUCGAGCUGAGAUGCUCCCCAGCGGUCCACGUUGGAUGUCCCAAAUAAUUCCAACAUCGCACCCUACAAAGUCGCCCGUGGUUUUGUAUUGGCGUGACCCUAUAGAGUGCAUCGCCAGCAUCUUCAAUCACCCCUUAUUUCACGGUCGUUUGGACUUGACACCUCGCAAGGUGUACUCCACUGCAGAGAGACUGUCUCGUGUAUACACUGAAUGGAUGACGGGCGAUGACGCCUGGGACAUGCAGUCGGCGAUACCUAGCGGCGCAACCCUCCUCGGCACCAUCCUAUCCUCCGACAAGACAAACAUCACCGCAUUAACAGGCGAUCGCAUUGCUCAUCCGCUUCUAAUUAGCCUUGCAAACAUACAUGCCAGUACACGACUCAAGUCUUCAUCGAGCUCUUUUGUUCUCACUGCCCUACUUCCGGUCCCAAAGUUCGUGCAUAAGAAGAAGCGGAUGAAGGGUGUGUUGGAGGACCGCCUUAUACAUCAAUGUCUAGAUAUUGUCCUCGAACCUCUGAAACAGGCCGCUCGCAAUGGUAUCAUGUUGUCGGACCCCAUGACCAUGGCGAUGUACAAGCAGUUCGGGGAUGACUUCCAGCAUGAACCCCGAACGAAAUCAACAACUCUUGCGCAGCUUGCUGUUGUGCGCUCGCGCGCUGAUCCUCUUGAUAUUGAAGCUUUCUUCCGCGAAGCCCAGAAGUGCCGUCUAAACGGUGUCGCUGAACCAUUCUGGCGGGACUGGAUACUUGCGGAACCCUCCCAUUUUCUUACACCGGAACACCUCCACCACAUUCACAAGGAAUUCUGGGAUCACGAUGCACAAUGGCUCAUUUGCAUUGUUGGAGAGUCCGAGAUCGAUUUCCGGUUUUCCAUCUCGCAGCCCGUCACCGGUUAUCGUCACUUUCAUGCAGGCAUUUCAAGGCUCAAACAAGUCACCGGUCGCUGCCAACGAGAUAUUCAACGAUAUAUCAUUGCACUAUGCGCGGACGCAGCACCUCCUGGUAUAAUCACUGCCAUACGCGCACUCAUGCAGUUCCGCUAUCUCGUGCAGCCGCCGCGCAUUAAUGGUGACGAUCUUGAGCGCAUCUCAAGGGCAUUGGAUGAGUUCCAUGCCAACAAGGAUGCAAUUAUUGACGCCGGAGCUCGCCGAGGGAAGGGCAAUAGACCCAUCACCAACUGGUAUAUACCCAAGUUGGAGCUAAUGCAAAACAUUGUUCCGAGCAUUCGAAACUCUGGCGUCACAAUGCAAUGGUCUGCGGAUGUCACGGAACAUGCACAUAUCAGCGAAAUCAAAGACCCUGCAAGGGCCAGCAAUAACAACAACUACGAUCCCCAGAUAUGCCGACACCUGGACCGCGCUGAAAAGUGUCGUCGCUUUGAGCUCGCUACCAGCCUUUUAGAUUCGACUACGAAGGAGCCAGAGGACUUAGACGCUGACGCUGACGUUGACGCUGACGUUGACGCUGACGUUGACGCUGAUGUUGACGCUGAUGUUGACGUUGACGCUCAAGAUAUUCCCAUUGAACUUUCCGCGACACAGCAACACCCAGGUCGUCCAGUCACAAACUAUUUUGCCAUCGCUAGGGCACUCCAGUUCAGGGAUGCGGCUUUAGUGCCCAUUCCAUUACGCUCAUUUGCCAUUGGGCGCACUGCCUUUCAUGUCGGAUAUGAUCCCUCCAUCAGGAGUAUCUCCGUCGAUGAAGUCGCCAUCAAAUUUUCCCUCCCAGAUCUACGGCCAGCUAUCGCUGACUUCCUUCAGCGUGAGGCAACUUACGGACCCCAGCAUGUCCACGCGAUAGGCGGUCCAAGAAGGGCUGGGCCUAUGACUGUCCUUCCAUUUGACAAAGUUUCGCUCUGGUACAAAAUCCGUUUGCAAGAGACGAACUUUCACGAUGGUUGCACCAUCAGACCGGCUCAGACAUUGAAUUGCGCUCCACCUAGUGACCCCUGGAUUCUAGGCCGUUAUGACACGGCUAUCAUUGAGACUACUGCAGGUUCCUCAUGGCCUAGUGGUCGACUUUCAGGUCACACUGUUGCUCAGAUCAGACUCAUCAUGCGGCCUGUUGGUAAGAGCGGCACACGCUGGUCAUGGAUGGAUCGUUUUCUCACUUAUGUGCAACGCUUUGACAUCUCGCAUGAUCGCGAUCCGAUUACACAGCUGCACCUGCUCAAACGAGCAAAACGUUCAAACGGAGGUCGGAUGGGGGACAUUGUACCAGUCUCUCAACUCCGGGCGCCUAUCAACCUGAUCCCUCGCUUUGGAGCAACUGCGGAUAAACGUCUAACCACCUACAACAGUAUGGAGCAUGCCACGGAGUUUUGGUUGAAUGAAUAUUGGGAAAAAAACACUUUCUUCGCGCUAUCAGGAUAG